AUGACGCCGAAAUCCUAUGCCGAGAAAUUGACCAAACAGUCGGAGAAAAACUUAAAGCAUGGCACUCUGCAUCAACUUCCAGCAACCGCUGCCCGAUCCUUACGGUGGCUUAUCCGGCCUUACGCCUGCAGCUUCAUCAACGAAACCGCCAGUAGGAAGUCAGACGAGUCAUGGCGACUAGGAACACCACAUCGGGCUAAAAUGCAGGCGUGCCGGAGCCUACACCAGACACCAUGGAACGUGAACCAAUACAUCCUGUCCGACUUGAACACAGGCUCACAUGACAACAGUCUGUGCAUAAACACUGAUGGCGGAGUUGAACAUUCCGAUAGGCAUGAAGACACAGGUAUCGGCGCUGCAACCGCCGGCAAGACGAACACGGACAGGUGCAAACGUGGGACGCGAACAAGGCAGGCGGGACCUGCACAACCGACGCGCUUAAUGAAAAACGAGAGCAAUGACCGUUGA